AUGAAGAGGGAUGAUGUUACUGCUUGUGAUGCUGACUCCUCGGCCGAAACGCAGAGAAAGUUUGAUAGGCGGACAAAGAUAACUGGCUUCUUCCUCAGUAUAGUGCUGAAGGAACGACGAUACAGUACGAGUCUGACUGGAGACUUGAGAGACGCGCACCGACCAGCAUCAAACAACUUCACUGGCGCCAAAUCAAGAGCUGGAGACCCUGCGUGGCGCCUAGAUACGGGUCUGAUCACUUGCAUAGCCGGCUCCAUCUCCACGCGCACGAGACCACGCCGUUGCGCGUGUGGGUUGGGGAAUUGCUCGGGGAAGGGGGUGGCCGCAGUUUGGAUGCGAACUUAUUGUCAUUUCCCCUCCUUCGCAUUUUUCCUUCUCGGGACUUGCCAAUGUGCGCAUCAUCUCCAUGUCGCUGCGGUUCCUGUCGGAUCACCUGUCAGAGGCGACUUUGUUGACCCAUCGUUCAGCUACCGUCUGAUCGCUGGGCGGUAUUGGCCAGGCACCCACGACGUUUCAUCCUCACGUGAAGAAUAUCCCUCCAAGGCCGCAGCAACAGCAAGCAACAACAGCAGCAGCCGCAAACUCAAGAAGCUUUCCUCCCCUAUAAGAGUCAAAAGAAAAAGGCAGUCCAGUCAAAAGUGA